GCAUACACAAGGAAAAAAAAAAAAAAAAUUAAGAGGAAGAAGGAGCGUUUCCUUUUGCAAACCCUGCAAAGAGUUAACUCAUUUUAUAUAUAUUUUAUUAUUUUAUUAUAUUUUUAUUUUUUUUUUUUCCCCCUUUAACAACACUGCAAACAGCGAAAGGAUCCUUUUCCCGCGUUACUCCUCGGGCAGUGAACGACUUGCAAAACAUUUUCGCGAAAGCUUAAUUGCUUCAAACGCAAACAUAAAAGGAUUUACGCGAGCGCGCGUCGCUUUACCCCCCUGCGUUUUCUCAUCCAGAGGGAAGCCCCUUCCAAGUCUGCGAGCCCCCCAUGGCGACCGUGAGACCCGUGGCGAACGUGUACAGCACGAGCAACAAGCAGGUGGUGGGCGAGGUGGAGAUCCCGGUGGUGUUUCAAACGCCCAUACGAAGCGACCUCGUGCAGGAGGUUUUUAAAAACGUUUCGAAGAACAGGAGACACCCAUACGCAGUAAAGUUGGGCGCUGGUUACGAAACAUCUGCAGAGUCAUGGGGAACAGGUAGAGCCGUGGCGAGAAUACCGAGGGUCCCCGGAGGAGGUACGCACAGAGCAGGCCAAGGAGCUUUUGGGAACAUGUGUAGAGGUGGAGGUAUGUUUAACCCAACAAAGGUUUGGAGGAGAUGGGGAAGGAAAGUAAACCUGAAGGAGAAGCGUUACGCAGUUUGCUCUUCCAUUGCUGCAAGCGGUGUAACUUCCUUAGUGCUGGCGAGAGGACACCGCAUCUCGAACAUGAAGGAGGUCCCACUGGUAGUUAGCAACGAUGUAGAAUCGAUUAGCAAAACGAAAGAAGCCCUCAAGUUCUUAAUUACUCUAGGAUUGAAAGAAGAAGUCAACCGGUUAAUAAAGUCCAAAAAGAUUAGGGCAGGAAAGGGAAAAAUGAGAAACAGGAAAUACCGAAUGAGGAAUGGCCCCCUCAUUAUAUAUAGCAAAGAUUGCGGAGUGAAGAAGGCCUUUAGGAACAUCCCCGGAGUCGAUUUGUGUAAAGUAACCAAACUCAAUUUGAUGAAGUUAGCUCCUGGGGGAUCCAUUGGAAGACUGUGCAUUUGGAGUGAAAGCGCUUUCAAAAAAUUGGAUGUAAUUUACGGAAGGAUCUUCAAAAAGAAAAUUACGAAAAAGAAUUACAUUUUGCCCAAGUCCCUUAUGGCUAACUCUGACAUAUACCGCAUCAUCAGCAGCGAACAGGUGCAGGCAACUCUGCUGGCGAGGAAGAGACCUUGCAAGAAAAGACUACAGAACAAGAACUCCCUCACGAACUUCGCCGUCAGGUGUAGACUCAACCCUGCGUACAAGCUGCUCAGAUCCAUUGCCAUUAGGAAGAUGAAGAAGAGCAUCGAGGCGAAGAAGAACAAUAAAAAGGAGCUCCGCGUGAAAAAGAAAAUCCAGAAGAAGGAGCUGCAGAAGGUUAACCACGCCUACUACACCAGCAUCGCCAGCUCAGUUAAGCGCAAGAAGAAGAAGGAGGAGAAGAAGGCCAAGUCCAAGAAGGACGCCAACAAGGCCCUCCUCCCCACCGCCGGCGACGAUUGA